AUGGAAAUUGAGGAAGCAUCGAAAGCCUGUACAUUUCAGUGUGGGACUCCAACUAAAGCUCCUACUGUCCAAGUACUGAUCCCCUCGGUACCACCGUCAAGUAUUUCGUCUGAACGCGGUUUGACCACGCACGUAUUGUGUUUGGCUGCUGUUUCCUAUGCCGAUAAACUAGGUUAUAACUACCGACCAGUUGGGCAUUCUGUCUCUGGACUCUCCUUCACACCCGGCAGUUCUGACGGCAUUGGAAGUCUUGGAGGACUCGGAAGUCUCGGCGGUGAUAGUGGACUAGGCAGUAGUGGAAGUGGAGGUCCUAGUGGUUUAGGCAGCAGUGGAAGCCUAGGUGGCCUUAGUGGUCUUGGUGGCUUGGAAGGUGGUCAUGGAGGUUCAGGGGACUUAGGCGGAAUUGGUGCUCCAGGUGGUUCUGGAAACGUGGGACCAUCGUACUCAGCACCUGCCGAAUUCAACAAAGAAUACUUCACAUAUACUGCUCCCGAACAGGAAUUUGAUGAUGCAGAUGGAGCCCAACAGGUUGCCCACUCUUUAAAGAAGAAUCUGCGUGUGGUUUUCAUUAAAGGACCUGAAAACCAAGGUCUUGAAAAUGCUGCCCUGCAAUUGGCCAAGCACGCUGGCGAGGACCAAACCGCUAUCUAUGUUUUGCAAAAACAGAGCGACAUUUCAGAUUUGGCUAACAAACUCAAUGCGAUCCAAAGUCAGAGCAGCCACAGGCCCGAGGUGCACUUCGUCAAAUACCGCACUCCUGAAGAUGCCGCCAACGCUCAGCAAGCUAUCCAAUCACAAUACGAUCAAUUGGGUGGAAAUUCCCAAGCGCACGAUGGAGGUGUCGCCCCUGUGCACAACUUUGCUUCCCAAGCUCCAGUUCGGGCUCCCGAAGUGCACGCUCCCCGCAAUGCUUACUUGCCAUCUUCCAUCAUCCGUAUUUAGGUUUAGAAACAGUUGUUGAUUUAUUUGCGAGUUUACUAAUUUGAUAUAUAGGACGACUGAUUUGUUAAGUUUGACCAAUUAUUUUUGUUAAUGUUGUUAAUAA